CUUUUCUCCUGCCAUCCAGUAAGAAUGAAAGCAGCUGGUGUAUUGCUCGCUAUAAUUUGAAUGUGAAAAGAUAUUUCUACGCUUUUUACGCACCACAGAACGCCGUUUGAAACACAUAUCCAAGCACCAUUCAUUGGGGACCACCGAUUUCGACCUGUUCGGUGGACAUCGCACCGUUCGAAGCUGACAAUUUUAUUUAUCUCGCCCUUUCGACGUUUAUAAAUGUAGAAAGCUUCUAAACAUGCCCUUCGUGAAAAGGCUUGCGGUUCAUUCGGGCAUAAGUUUUGCAGUUUGGUGUGCUUUUCUACAACAGACCGUUCGCGGAGCCGACUGCAAUCUAAGAACAGAAUGUAAAGCGGGGAUUGUUUUGCCUGUAUGGGGAGGCGAACCUUCUACCGGCGAGACUGUUGGGAGAGCAUUCGUGUACCUCCUUGCCUUACUAUUUAUGUUCCUUGGUGUUUCAAUAAUUUCAGAUCGCUUUAUGUCUGCGAUAGAAAUAAUCACAUCGAAAGAAAAAGAAAUAAAAAUAACGGACAAGCAAACAGGAAAGGAGAGAGUGUUGACUGUGAAACUGUGGAACGAAACAGUCUCGAAUUUAACUCUCAUGGCACUUGGAUCAUCCGCACCCGAAAUUUUACUCUCGGCAAUUGAAAUCUGCGGAAAUAAUUUCAAUGCUGGCGAGCUUGGUCCUUCCACAAUCGUAGGGUCUGCGGCGUUCAACUUGCUGAUUAUCAUUGCAGUCUGUGUUUAUGUUAUUCCGGAUGGCGAAGUUCGACGAAUCAAGCAUCUGCGUGUAUUUGCUAUCACAGCUUCCACGUCGGUCUUGGCUUACGUUUGGUUGUAUGUUAUUUUGGCGCUCUCCUCAAAGGAUGAAGUGGAGAUAUGGGAAGCCAUUCUAACCUUUGCCUUCUUCCCUGUCAUGGUUAUCUGUGCCUACAUUGCAGACCGUAGGCUUCUCUUCUACAGAGCCCUACGAAAGAGACAGAGGAGGCAAAAGCGCGGGGGAAUGACCGUCGUGCAGACAGGCGAUUUCGAUAUUAUUGGAGUUCAGGUGAAAGACGGAUUUGUCGAUGGAAAUGUUGGCGAUGGUCGUUAUGCCGAUACCGAAGCUGGUCAAGAUUUCGAUGAUGACGAAUUGCUACAUGAUCUUACGGAAGACAGGCGCGAAAAGGCCAUCCAAGCGCUGAAAGAAAUACGACAAAAGUAUCCAGAUGCUGACCGAGAGACCGUCGAACGUCUGCUGGAGCAAGAAAACCUCAAACUUCAACCCAAAAGUCGAGCGUUUUACCGAAUUGAGGCCACUCGUAAGAUGGUUGGUAGUGGAAACGUAUUGAAGAUGAAGCAUGACAAGCUGGAAAAAGCCAGCAGUUCCCUGGCAGAUGCAAGACUUGAGAUGCACGAAGUCGAGUACGAAGACCCUCAGGUCGUCAGAGUUUAUUUUGACCCCGUGCACUAUAUUGUCAAAGAAAACUGUGGCAGUGUAUUCAUGAACAUUUCACGCAUUGGUGGCGAUCCCACUAACACAGUUUUUGUAGACUUCAGGACGGAAGAUGGCACCGCAGAGGCUGGUCAAGAUUAUGAAAAAACCGAGGGUACAAUUUGUUUCAGGCCAGGAGAAACCACCAAGACUUUCUCCGUCGUUGUGAUCGACGAUGACAUCUUUGAAGAAGAUGAACACUUCUAUGUUCACCUGGGAAAUGUUCGAGUGGCUGGUGCUGAUGGUGAUCUGGUGCGAAACAAGUACCGAGGUCCGGCGGGAAAAGUUGGCAAAGACGGUGUUGCUACAAUCACAAUCCUGGACGAUGACUACCCCGGUAUAUUCACAUUUGAGGAGGAGAAACACUCGGUAACUGAAGCAGAUGGAACAAUUAAAUUGAAGGUGAUUCGCCACACGGGAGCUCGAGGCACCGUUCGGGUUCCCUACCACACAGUGGAAGGAACUGCCAAAGGCGGUGGCGAUGAUUACGAGGAUGCUGUUGGUGAAUUGGAGUUUGGGAACGACGAAACAUGGUAAGAUUCUGUGUUGUUUUCUUUUUAGAAUUUAAAGUGAUAGAGAUAAAAAGUGUGUUGAUUUCUGUUAAAGGAUUUUUAAAAAAAUGAUAAUCAACAUAUAUGCGAUAUUUACAUACUGCAGAUCUUGUUAUAAGGCUGUAUUUUUGGAUCUAUUAAUAUUGUUUCUAUUUAAGAUCGAAAACGUACUAGUGUCAAAACAAAUCACUCGACUGUUUCUAGAAGCUUUCCGUACACAACAUACUUAUAUAUAUCGAAAUCCAUCCGAGUACAAACCAAUACAGGUGGUUUAUUUACAGGGUUAAAAGGAGACUCUUUUGUUUUAAUCUGCCACGUAGAUCGGUAAAUUCACCGAAAAUUUAACUUGUGAUGACGACGAUAACUUUACAUUGUUAACAUCUGUCUACAACUUGCAGAUGCUACGGUUAUAAAAUGCAAACAAUAAAGUGAUAAUGAUGCGACGUCGUAUGCUUUAGCUUUCAUAAAUUUGAAAUUGAUUUAACUCAGCAAACUUUUAAUUUUACUUUACGCUAUUUAGCAACAUUGCCUUGAUUACGAAGGUUAUCAUUUAGACCUGACAGGUUCUGAUAGUUGAUAAUAAUGCGGCCUCAGCAUGAUGUAUUGAGGUAGUAUGAAUUUAUGUCGUGAUAUUUACUCCCAAGACUUUCUUUUUACCCUUGUCACGUCAGAACCAUUUUGUUUACAACAAAGGGGAAAAUAUCCACAAAAGCACAUUACUAUUUCCUUGUUAGCUUUUAAUUUUUAGAAUCCUCAGGUGCAUUAGAGGUGAAAGUUUUGCGGUUAUAUUUACCUCUUCGAGCAAUCCAAAAGCAGAGAAGCAAUUCAAAUUCUUGGCAACAAAAUUUUUUUUUUUUUAACGAAACAAAACCGUCACGAUCGAUGUUGGCACGUCUUCUUCUCUGGUAACAAAAGAGCAAUUUAUGAAACAAUAUCUGGAGAGCAUGACGGUUACUUCAUGGAUGGGAAAUUCAAGAGAUUUGGUUUUGAUGCUGCAACUAGGCAAGGCUUGUGCAUAGUCUUAACAAAAUUUAUCAGGAUUGGCCUUUACGUCUAAAAUAUCGUGACCAGAAUUUUAUAUCGCGUGUGAAAAGAACGCAGGCUGAUGAAGGUGGCAUUUGUUGUAAACAUGUGCAGAUGAGCACUGCAAGGCGUCAUGACCCUGUUGAUGCCACCAAGUAUGGGUGGGGAGGGCGGGGGGCUUUAAAAGGACUCCCUUUUUAUCAAACGAAGGCCGAUGUUUUAAUAUUGAAAUAGCAUAGUGGAGAGGAUUUUGCAUACAAAACAUGUUUGUUGUACGUCUGAAACUUUUGACCUUUCAAGUGGAUGCACACUGUACUGAUCUUCCCUGUUCAUCAAGUGCACUAAAUGAAAUUGAUUUGUAUCUGAGAUUGUUAUGACACUUUUAUUUAAUAAUUCGAUACUUGUUUACUCUGGGUUUUGAUUCAAAUAUUGUAACAUAGGCUUAAGUUUCAUAAUAUAGGACAGUUAAAAUAUAGAUAUGCCUCUAUGACUUUGACAAGUGUUUGGUUGAAUAUUUCUUGGCGCAGAAUAUCAACAAGACUUUAUGUUUUCACAUGUAACCAUUCGGCAUGAAAUGGGAUUGGUUAUAGCCAAUGGUUGUUUAUUUACAAGCCUGUCAUUCUUAAUUGGUUGAGAUCAAGUCAUUCCUGGAUGGAAUUAUGUUUAUGAUAAACAGCAUUAAGAAGGCAAAUGCCAAUUCAAAUAUUUCUGUGCCCAUGCUUGAAUUAUUUAGAUAAUUUCAAUUUGUUAUAAAUUAUGUAAUUCUCACAUAUAAUGGUCGAGUACGCAGAUACAUGUUCAGGAGAUCUGAAUAUGUUUUACUCCAUGCAAGUUUGCAUAAAUAAUUAACAAGUGGUAUAAGAUAAGUUUUGUGGCAUUGUACAUUGUAUAAUGAGUUCAGAGAUUCAACAAUCGUUGUGUGGAAGAUGAAGUCAGGCCUGAUAAGAAAAUCUCUGCUAAAAAGUUAUUUUUACUUAUGAAUCUCUGUCUUAUUUAUUGGACCACAACUUUUAGUUAAAUCUUGACAAAACAGUUUCAAAGUUUUUAUUUGUAAUAAAGCAUUAUGCAAAUUAUCACUUGGGAAGAUACAUAUAUAUAAGAUAGAAUAUCACACUAGGUUGGUCAAGAGUUGAAUGAGAAAAAAAAUUCAAAUGGAAAGUGGUCAUUUAGCAAUAGCUCAAAUUAAAGUUGAUCUUAGUUGUUCUCCUUGAGCAAACAUGUUGUUGAUUGUGGUUUUGAAAUAUAAAUAUUUAAAUAAAACAUAAAUGAUAAACACAUUUAUGUGUAUAAAACCUAUUUUCCAACCAAGACUGUAUUGAUUUUAUUGAAAUGUAUCUUAGUUUUUGUCAAACAUUAAAUAAGGUACAUAAAAGAACAUUUAUACAAAGAAUUGUUUUAGGUGUGUUCUUUCAAAGGAUUUCCCUGUAAGCUAAAGUCACAGAUUAAAACGUUUGUCAGUGGUGACUGGAAUAAGAUAUUAGUGAAAUUAUUGCUUGCCACCUGUUUGGCCUUUAUUAAAACUCAAAUAUGGUAAAAUCACUAAACAUAAUUUUAUUUAGCAUGUAUAGCAAACAUGUUGACCAUGAAAGUUAAAGACAACAAUCAGCCAACCAAGAGGAGGUCAAUGAAGAUAAUUUUCCUUUUAAUUUGUUGACUUCCCUGGGUCAUGCAAAAAUCACCUUUUUAUCUUUUUAUCUGUGGAAAACUUAAGUUUGGAAAGUUGAAAGCUGGCAUUUUUAUGAUUCUCAAUUUUUAGCCCACACAUGUUUGAAAAUGUUUCUCUAAACGACUUUUUUUUAACAUUUUUAUGUUUUAGCUGAAAUAUUACAUCAAACCUUUCCUCAUGGAAAUCUCUAUAAUAUCAACACCUUUUUAAUUAAAGACAGUCAUUUGGUCCCAAAGAUACUAAAAGCCAUCUACGGUUAUCCCUACCCAGUGUUCUCCCCAGGUAUUUAAGGCUAGGCGGGCCACCUGGCUUAAUUCACUGGGAAAUUGUUGCCGCCUGGCUUAAAACCAAACAUUUACCUGAUUGGAUGCUUAUGUUGACAUCUAGAAUUCGGUACUUCAGGGACAAUAUCACUCAAUAAUGUUGAUGAAACAUUGUCUGUGGUGUUUUUACAUGAGUGUUUUCCCGUAGUUAACUGAUUGUAAAACUGAUUUACCAUUGGAUAAAUAUGUUAAAACCUGUGAUGCACUCGUUUCACCGAAUGGCAGCCAUCUUGAAAUUGACCGACAAACAUAAGAGCCCUUUAGGGAGCUUACACGGAGUAAGAACUGAAAUUCCAGCGCUCACAUUUUAAGCAGUAUCACAACUCACAAUGGAAAACUCAACAGUCAACCCAAGAUGCGUGGAACAAAAAAGAAAAGCUUGUCAAAGCAAAUUGAUUUUUUUUACUGUACAAGCACUAUCAAAAAUGAGUCAGAAGAUCCCCUGGCCUUCCCAAAAUCCUAGGGAGAACACUGUUACCUGUAAAACAGACUCCUCUCUCCCUUUGGUGCCCAUGUUAUUUUUCAGUUUUUUAUGACCUAGAGUACUGGUCCGCUCCCAGGAAUCAAACCCACGACUUCUCGCCCUACAGUCAAGUGCUCUACCAACUGAGCUAAUCCUGCCGCUGAAUUAAGAGGUUCAAUUGCAUUUUAAAUAAAAUUACAGGAGUGUUUUUCAUAUUUUGUAUGCAGUAGUGGCAUCACCUUGCUUUCUUAUUUUAGGAAAAACAUUGAGGUCAAUGUCAUAGAUGAUGAGGAAUACGAAAAGAACGAAACAUUUUAUGUCGUCCUUGGGGAACCAAAGGUUGUGAAAAAUGAUGAGGAUGAUGAUAGUGGAGCUGGUACUGAAGAGAUUUAUGACGCUGAGAAGCAACGCCUUGAGGAACUGGGAAAGCCUAGACUAGGUACUAAAUUACACAAAGCCUUUCUUGUGUCUCUUAGUCGUCUCACAACUUUUUGCUUUAAUAUUUAUUAGGGAGUUUAAGCAGCAACAACGACAACAGUUACUAAAACAUCACUUGAAAAUUACAUUCGUGCUCCUUCAAACUUUAUCACACUUAUUCCAUCUCAUUCAGUUCAUCAAAAAUGUUGGCAAAUGUUCUGGGCUUGAAUUCUAAAAGACUAUCAGAGUUCGGGAAAGGAAAAAGAAAGUCGUUGUUCUGAGUUCAUGUCCUCUACACGAUCAAUGUGAAAUUAGGCACUUUCAUGUCAUGAUCGUAGUCAAUGUAAUAAAAAAGUGUGAUACACCAGUCCUGCACAGUUGUUGUUUUGCUUGACUAAUCCUAUUGCUUGUUUGCUGCUCUCGUUGCCAUCAUUGUUGCUUAAGCUCCCUAAUGUUAUGUUUGUUAUUUUAAGUCCUGCAUUGUCCUGUAUAUUUUUUUCAUAAUUUAAGUGAAUUAAAUAAAUUUGAUUUUAAUUAAGUUAUUGAACACAAAACGACCCUUACGUACCAAGAGCCAUCUCCAGUUACAGUGCAUAAAAAGCUAGCCACUCAACAAGAUCUUGAUGUUGGAGUAAAAUUCUGUUUGUCUUCACUUCUCAGGUGAAACCAAAAAGGCUGAGGUGACCAUUAUAGAAAGCAAAGAGUUCAAGAACACAGUUGACAAGUUGCUUGUCAAAGCCAAUUUAGCACUGGUUGUGGGUACUUCUUCUUGGAAGGAGCAGUUUACUGAUGCUCUGACAGUAAGUGGCAGUGGUGAUGAUGACAGUGAAGAACCAAGCACGCCAACCUUUGGUGACUACAUGAUGCACUACAUGACUGUCUUUUGGAAGCUUCUGUUUGCGAUCGUCCCUCCCACUGACAUAUGGGGUGGAUGGGCAUGCUUUGUUGUAUCCAUUAUCUUUAUUGGCAUUUUGACAAUGGUGAUAGGGGAUAUUGCAUCCCACUUUGGCUGUACUAUUGGCUUAGCAGAUAGUGUUGUUGCCAUUACUUUUGUGGCACUUGGAACAAGUCUCCCAGGUAAUGGCAGUCUGUGUGGAACAUAAUUACAUGCUCUACCUACUAUUACUCACUAGUGCAUCCAAAUCAAGAUCACAACCAUGAAGUACCAGUACAGUACUGUUGUAUGUUCAUUACCAUUUUUUUUUCAGCCAUCAAAGAUUUCUUUAUUUUCAAAUAACUUUGCAAGAAACUUGUGCUUUUCGUUAAUAAACUGGUUAACCUUCAUCCAAUCAGGUGCAGUCGGCUUAGACCCAGAAGGGAUAAUGGUUAAGGAAAACAGAAUUGAUGUUACCAGUUAAUUGAAAGAACUAUCUGUAUAAGAAACGUUUGCACCAUUUACAAUUACUGUUUGCCCUACAAGUGUCAUAUUAAUAUUGUAUGACCUCUUCAAUUUAGGCCCUGGCUCUUAUUUGCUUGAGUGUCAAGAAAAAAGAAUUUUCAACUGCCUUAAACAUCCAAAUUAAACUUUCUUAAUUAACUGGGGUAAACUGAAAAAAGCACCGCCUGAUCAAGCUGCAGCAUACAGCACAAUGAAUGAUUGACACACACAAGGUUAAAUAUAUCCUAUGUUGUAGCCUUGUCAUUAAGGAGACCACCUCUACUGUUGUUAAUGGCCUUUGUUUUGUUGAUCUACAGAUACAUUUGCAAGCAAAGUAGCUGCUGUUGGUGAUGAGUAUGCUGAUUCAUCUAUUGGCAAUGUCACUGGAAGCAAUUCUGUGAAUGUCUUCCUAGGACUGGGUGUUGCUUGGUCAAUAGCAGCAAUAGCCAAAAAAGCCCAGGGCGAGAAGUUUAAAGUCGAGGCAGGGUCCCUUGGUUUCUCUGUAGUAAUUUUCUGUUGUACAGCUGUCGUUGCUAUAGCAUUAAUGAUGCUACGGAGAAAUAAAAAGGUUGGAGGAGAACUUGGUGGUACGAAGAGCUUCAAACUCCCCACAUCACUUUUCAUGGCUUUCCUUUGGGUACUGUACAUCGUACUAUCCUCUUUACAAACAUACUGCCACAUUGAUGUAUCCUUUUAGGCUCUCAAAGGUAGCUAAUGCUCCAUCUAGGCUGACAAUAUCUUUGAUACAAAAGCUUGCUUGUGUAUCUUUGUAUUUUCAACAAACCGUUUUGAAGGUAGUGUUUCAAAAAAAAUUAAUAUUUCUGAACUGCAAACACCCAUUUAUAAUGCUCUUUUCAGAAUUAUUAUAAUAGUUAGUUUUAUUAUUUUGAAAAGUUAGAAGAAAUCAUAUUUUAGAUUCAGAAACAGAGAUAUUCCCAAGUCAGUGAGUUGCAUGUAAAGCUAUAACAGACACCUUCAGGAUACCAAAGAUACCAAAUCAGUUAGAUGUUAGUACAGUCGAACCUCUCUUCAACUGCCCCCUUGGGGACAGAAGAAAGUGGCCGUUGUGGAGAGGUGGCCGUUUUGUGGAGGUAGGGGUGUUAUAUGGCAAAUUUCUUUCAGGGGGGAGCAACAUGUUUAUGGUGCUAAGUUCGUGCUUACUGUAUCGCAUAAUGUUAAUCCAAUCAUAAAUAAUGUACAAAGAGAUCAAAAUACACAAAAAUACUUGAAUAAUGUUUUGAAUCAAAAUGUUAACGUGACAAAACAAACAAGUAUCAUGGACAAUUUAUGCUUACUGCAGCAGUAUCAUUGAAACACAAUCAAAAUACGAUGCUGCAAUUAAUCAUCAAUGCACCUUAUAGAUCAAAUUUCGUGAGCAUUCCAGACUUUUUCAUCAGUCCCUGAAAAAACUGGCCGUUGCCAUUGUAGGGAGGUGGCUGUUGGUGGAGGUUUGACUGUAACUGGUUAAUGAAAGUAGUCCUUUUCUGGACUUUUAGAUACCAUUACCAUUAAAUAAAAUCUCUGUGAUCCCUGUCAACCAUGUACAGGUUGUGCAUUCAUGCCAAAUGAUAGCAUGUAUGCCUUGAAACCAGAAGCGAUUUUAAACAUCCAACAAUGCCAAGGACUUAAUAAAAGCUUUAUUGAAACCCAAAUCGCUUUAAUAGAGACAAUCAACUUUAUUUCAAAUGUCACUGUGCUCCUGUAAUUUUCUAAUUAAAAUACUGAAUUGCCAGCAUGCAGUGAAAAUUGUACGUGUAGCCAAAGUUUUUGAACUGGCAUUUCAACACUCAGCAAUGGGAUUUUCACCAUGUACUGGUGGUGAAACGUUUUCCAAAAAAAUCUUUCAUUUAUAUGCAAGUGCUGAAUUAUUGCUUCUCUGUCGCUAGAAAUUUAGAAUCUAUUCCUGGUUUCUGUUGUCUUAGCUGUAACAGCUGUUUGUCAAUCAUUGCAAGUUGUUGGCAGGGCCAUGCCCUUAAUUUUUGCUAGUCAGAGGUUUCUUCCUGGUGUGGUUUUUAGCAUUUAGGAAGUUGUUCAAAUCGCUGACAUUCAAGUGUAGUUACUAUGUGAAUGUCAGCAAUGCAAACAACUUGAGGUUCAUAAAUGCUAUAGACAAUGCUGGAAAGAAACCUCUUCUUGUAGGGUAGUUUAAUAUUUAUUACUGGCUAGUAACACUUAAAAGUUGUUUUUUACUUUUUAUGGUUAGAAGGUGCGGACAUAUAACCAACUGCUCUUUAUAGUAAUGAGUAGCAUACCACAAAUGAGCAUACAAAUAGGUUCAAAUUUACUUUUACAAAUAAAUUGUUCUCAUGUUAUUAUGAUUCUUUAUUAUCAUUAUUGUUAUGAGGGCAUUGUGGAAAAGAAAUGUGGGUGAUGAUUUUCCCUGGAAAUCAAUACUACUCCUGAUACGUAUUACUGGCACGUUGACAACGCACUAGUACUAGCAACAAAUCAUAACAAAAUAUCUUUUCACUCCUCGCUAAAAUCUUUUCACUCACUGCUAAAAUUGUUGUACUUGUAGGUUAAAACUCAAUAAUUGUGUCAGCCAACUGAGUAAACUUUUUUUAAACUUCAGCUGAGAAACAGAAAAUUUUGCCAGAAAUUACACAUCUUGUUGUUUUGUCUUUGAAUCAUAUGAAAGUGUAAAGUUAAGUUGGGACAGUCCAAGUGGAAUGUGCAUUUUCUUUCAGCCAGGAAAAAUUCCUAACCCUGGCCAGUGUAGGAGCUGAUUAAGUAAAUUAGCAAUUGACCACUUGAUUUGGGUCAGUUUUAAGCAACUAGGAGUACACAAAUUCAUGGCAUUUAUAGCAUUUUGUUUUAAUGCACCAGACAAGACAAAUUUGAGCUAACCUCAAAUGAUCUGGUUUUCCAGGGAAAAUCCCCACUUUUGCCUCUUUUCUACUGUACCCUUCAAUAUUAUUGAUCUCCUAUUGUGGCAACCACCAGAAAAGCAAAGCAUGAAAGAAAGAAAUUCUUUUAUCAACAUGCUGUAUUAAGGUCUUAAAAUGCUUAGUUUGCUGGACAUUAUGAAACUUACAGUAUUAGGCAGUAUUGACCAUAUUUUUACAUGUAAGGAAAGUGGUUAAUUACCUUGUUAAAUGAAUUUUUUGCAACACUUGUACUUCGCAAAGUCAAGUUGAUGAGGUAAUGAAACAAUCUUUUGUUGCCAGCAAUAAUGGGAAAAUAAUAUUAUUGUCUUUCCUCUAUUUAUGUUAUUUCUAUGUAAUUUAUUAUUUGUUAAGCUGCUACUGCAGGGAAAGAAAUAUUUUUGCAGCCUAAGCUUUCAUUGUUUGAAACAUGAAGUAUUGAAUAGGGCUGGCCCUAAUAUAUUGAGCAGAGAAGGUGGUUUUUUUUUUAAUUAGAGACGUUUUUCAAACUAGUUUUGAACAUUUUUAAUGGAGGAUCUACUUGCACUUACCAAAUUGUCCAGUUUUGUUUUGAUACUAGAAAACCAACAAACUUUAUAAACUUUAAAAAAAUUAACAGCCUUUAAACUAACAAGGCUGAUGUGCUACAGUGCAAAGUAGAGGUGAAUAAUUUUGUUUACAUAUGAACUGUGUGAAACAUUCUUUGCCACAAAACUGAAAGAAAAGCAAGUGUUCGGUGUUUUCAUCCCCAAAAAGAAAUAGAAAUUAUCCUUUAUUAUUAUU